UGGGGCUGUUGGCGCUUCAACUCUUCUGCCUCUCCGAGAGUUUCCGUCAAAAAUCAACACAUCGUCAUCUUCCACUUCCCUCUUCCUUCCCUCAACAUCCGCAAAGCGAAAUACCAAGUGAAAGAUCGCAACCAUGCCCAUCUCCAAAAUCCACGCCCGCUCCGUCUACGACUCCCGUGGCAACCCCACCGUCGAGGUCGACAUCAUCACCGAGACCGGCCUCCACCGGGCCAUUGUUCCUUCCGGUGCCUCAACAGGCUCCCAUGAAGCAUGCGAGCUGCGCGACGAUGACAAAACUCAUUGGGGAGGAAAGGGCGUCCUCAAAGCCGUGGCCAACGUGAACGACACCAUCGCGCCCCAACUCAUCAAAGCCAACCUUGACGUCAAGGACCAGUUCGCCAUUGACAACUUCAUGAAUAAGCUCGACGGAACAACAAACAAGACAAAUCUGGGCGCAAACGCCAUUCUCGGUGUCUCCAUGGCAGUCGCCAAGGCGGCCGCCGCGGAGAAGCGAGUGCCCCUCUACGCCCACAUCAGCGAUCUCGCCGGAACGAAGAAGCCCUACGUUCUCCCCGUGCCCUUCAUGAACGUGCUCAACGGUGGCUCCCAUGCUGGUGGACGUCUGGCCUUCCAGGAAUUCAUGAUUGUGCCCACCGAAGCACCCAGCUUCAGCGAGGCCAUGCGCCAGGGAGCCGAAGUCUACCACACGCUCAAGUCUCUCGCCAAGAAAGAGUAUGGCCAGUCUGCCGGCAACGUCGGAGACGAAGGUGGUGUCGCACCGGAUAUCGAGACUGCCGAGGAAGCGCUCGACCUCAUCACCAAGGCCAUCGAGCAGGCUGGCUACACUGGUAAGGUGAAGAUCGCCAUGGACGUCGCCUCCUCCGAAUUCUACAAGGCCGAUGCGAAGAAGUACGACCUCGACUUCAAGAACCCCGACAGCGAUCCCAGCAAGUGGGUGACGUACGAGCAGCUGGCCGAGAUGUACCGCGAGCUGGUGAAGAAGUACCCCAUUGUGUCGAUCGAAGACCCCUUUGGCGAGGACGACUGGGAGGCGUGGAGCUACUUCUACAAGGAGGCGCAGUUCCAGAUUGUCGGCGACGAUCUCACCGUCACCAACCCCACCUUCAUCAAGAAGGCCAUUGACACCAAGGCGUGCAACGCGCUGCUGCUCAAGGUCAACCAGAUCGGCACCGUCAGCGAAGCCAUCCAGGCCGCCAAGGAUGCCUACGCCGCCAACUGGGGCGUCAUGGUCUCCCAUCGCUCGGGCGAGACGGAGGAUGUCACGAUUGCGGAUAUCGUCGUCGGUCUGCGCUCCGGCCAGCUGAAGUCCGGUGCCCCCUGCCGAUCGGAGCGGACGGCCAAGUUCAACCAGAUUCUGCGAAUUGAGGAGGAGCUGGGCAACAAGGCCGUCUAUGCCGGUGCCAAAUUCCACGAGGCCGUCAAUCUCUGAAGCAAUCCCCUUGAGCGGUCCGAGAAACUAGAUAGUCCCCCUUGAUCCGACCUCGAAAUUGGUCG